CUUCAACUCUCUCCUUCGGCCACUCAACAAAGGUCCUUCAACUCUCAAGCCAGACCUUGACUGGAGAAGGUCCUAAGCUAGCCCAAUGAAACACAAAGCCAUUGCUUCCCUCUCAACCCUCUCAUUCAUUCAACUCGAGAGUUCUAACACUCUUCUUCUUCAAUCUCAUGCGGCACCGCUCUACUCUUCUACGAUGACUCCUGUUUUCUCAUGUGAAAAUCCAUACACAACAGGAAGCCUAAGAGUUCUCGAUCUUUCAAUUCCUCCUCAACGAAAUCACUUCGGCGACACUGGCUCCAGCGAAGAGACCUCCAACAUUCGAGGUGACUCUUCUUGUGACUCGUCGGUGGAGAGGCUUGGUAUUGUUCCUGAUCUGGUCUGUUGGGUCGCUGGAUUUUGGGACUGGGACUUUGGAUAACUCUUUUUAACUUAGGCCUGAAAAAAUGUAAUUAAUUAGUAAUAAGAUUAAUAAUAAUAAUAUAGAUAAUAAAAUACUAAUAUAAUUAAUAACAUUUUUUGGGACCCGGACAUAAAUGGGUGUUUACAGCUGCCCCUCUUUGCACAUUCUUGUGUUAACAAGAAUAGGGCAAAGACGAAAAAAAACAACCAAUUUUUGUCCGGUUCUCUUUUUUGGUUUUGAGAUUUGUUGUUUGAUUUGGGAGACGACACGACUCAUGCGUGCUAAAGAGUUCUGGUUAUCAAGGAUUGACACGGCUCCUACAUAAUGAGGAGAUCAGGUCGGGUGAUGACACAGUUCCUACGUGAUGAGUACGUCAGGCCAUCUAUAGGUGAUAAACGGUUCCUACGUGAUGAGGACGACUGGCUAUCUGGGGUUGACACGGUUCUUACGUGAUGAAGAAAUCAGGUUGGUGGAUGACAAAUUGUUGUAACACUAAGUCGAUCCAUUGGGCAUAAUAUUCUUCAAUAUAUUUACACUAAAAAUACUAACUUUAA